UGUGUAUUUCUCUCUUGUCUUGUUGCUCUUCCAUUGCUGCCAUGGGUGGCUUUUGCAAAGUUUUCUUUUUGAUUUGUUGCUGUCAUUUUUUGGUAUCUUCUCAAGCUGUAGUUUCAGUCCAGUGCUUCGAUGACCAUGUGGUUGUGGACGUCCCACUUAACAGUUUUGCAUCCCCAAUUAAUAAAGAGGGUCUAAUGCUUGGCUCCUGUCCAAUGACUUCCUUUGACCCUCUGAACAACACCGUGAGUUUUGUCCGUGGGUUGCUGGACUGUCGCUUUAGCAGAUUGGUGACUCCAAGUCAACUCCUCUACAGUGUGGAGCUGACCUACAACUGGACUGGAAGUCCAUCCUCUGCCUUCCCAGUGUCCAUUGACUGCUUGUUCAAUAAGUCGGCUAGCUGGACCCCACUGAUGCCCUUGCCUGCAGGGGGUUAUGCUUCUGGAGUGGGCCACCUAGACUUUGUCAUGCUGAUCAUGAACAGUGACUUUACUGAACCAAGCCCCUCUACCACAUUCUUUCUGGGUGACCCGAUAAACCUGGCAGCAUCUGUUGACCAGUACAGCCACAUGCCGCUCAUAAUCUUUCUGGACAGUUGCGUUGCAGCCACCACACCCGUGCUGACCAACUCUGAUCUGGUUUACCCUCUCAUCAACAACCAUGGGUGUCUCAUUGAUGGGUUGAAUGCUGACUCCUACUUCCACCCAAGGGAAACAACCUCUGAACUGUAUGUCACCAUCCAGGCCUUCAGGUUCACAAAUGUUACUUCUGAGGUCUACAUCCAUUGUUCCUUGAUCGCCUGGGAUCCUGCACAACUAGAUGUGACUAAGAAGGCCUGCUCUUACAACCCUAUUACUCAAGGGUGGGAGGCUCUGGACACCCCUGGAACAAACUCCGUGUGCAGCUGUUGUAGCUCCGUGUGCACCACCAGGAAGAGGCGAGAUGCAGGUAACGGCCUGAAGAAGGAGGUUGUCGUGGGACCUCUGAUUAUCAUACCUCAGGUACCUGUGACCAACAGCAUUCCAGUGGACAACACUUCGCAGCCAAUGUCCCUGCUAAGUAAGGAACAGGCCAUCUCCUGGUUCCCACUGGCUGCCCCUUUUCUCGGCGUUGGCCUCCUCGGUCUCCUCUUCCUUGGUGUCUAUUUCCUGUACUGGAGGCGUAGAACCACAGAGCUGAAGGCCAGCAAGGAGCCUCUGAUGCCCAACAGGAGUGGGAUGGUGGACACCCUUACAUGUCACUUAUCUAGGGAGUAUUAAAAAAUAAUAAACCUUUCAAUUUCCAAGUA